AUGUCAAAACGUAAAAGUUAUACUGUUAGACAAAAACUUGAGAUUAUUUCAAAAGCAAAGGAAACGUCUAAUAAGGCUGCAGCGCAAAUAUAUGGUAUUGAUCAUUCUCAAGUAUCCAAGUGGCAAAAAAAGGAAAAAGAAUUAGAAGAAGCCAUGCGUUCAUAUAGAAGUGUCAGUUCUGGAAGGAAAGCUGCAUAUCCUCUUGCAGAAGAAGCGUUAAAUCAGUGGGUUGUUCGUUUACGUCAAGAUAGCCUUAUAGUAUCAUUGUCUACAAUAAAAUGUAAAAUGAAAGAGCUUCUUAGAACUAGUUUUCAACAAGUAUAUCCUAAUGCUUUAGGAACUUUUGAAGCUUCAAAUAUUAAACUCCCGCCCAUGGUAAUUUUCAAAGGCAAAAGACUUCCUAGAGGUCCCUUUCCCUUGGGUAUUGUUAUUAAAAUGCAAGAAAACGGGUGGAUGGACGAAACUUUAAUGAAUGAAUGCUUAUUAGUGAUGGAUUCUUUUGAAGGACACCUUACUGACUCUGUCAAGGCAAAAUGUAAUGAACUGAACACGGUUAGAGGCAUAAUCCCCGCUGAUAUGAUCAUUAAUUCAUUUGAAAAAUGUGGUAUUCCUCAUGGUAUUGAAAGAGAAUCGGAAGAUGAACAAAUGGUAAUUCCAGUAGAAGAUAGAGAAAAUUAUCCGAUUGUCUACAUUGAAAAUCCGGAAUAA